AUUAUACUUUCUAUCUUGUCUUAUACUUUGAAAAGCUAUAUAUCUGAUGCGUCUUAAAAAAAAAAACGUCAUAAUUAUUUUUGUGCAAAAUGAGGACGGUAUCCUUUAAAGAAAAUCUAACUUUUCUUUAUGAUGGAAUGGUUUCUUCUAAUGCAUUGUCUUUUGGGGAUGUAGAUAAUGAUGGAAAAAAUGAAAUGUUUCUUGGCACAACAUCAGGUGAUAUAUUCAUUUAUAAGUUCGACAGUAAAUAUCCAUGGAAGACAGCUGGCAACUUGCACAUGAUAACGUCAGUCGGAUGUGGACCGGUCUGUAAUACUGGAAAAAAUCUGCUAGUAUGUUUAACUGUUGAAGGAUGGUGCUAUUUUUUCGAUAUUUCACCAACUAAUGACGAAUCGGAUAAUUUUAUUCCAUCAACUCCAUUUGAUUCCUCAAGUCGUUUCGUGGGGGAGGAAGCGAAACCGGAACUUGAGAACGAUGAAGGGGAUGCUAUUUCGGCUAACCAUUCAGAAGAUGAUCAAUUUUCCGAUUUUGAUAAUUUAGGAGAGUCGCAAAAUGAUUUCAAUUUUGAUGCCAAUAACGAAUCUAUGAACAUUUAUAGUAACGCUUAUACUAUAACGCCCAGUUUUCAACAGAAACUAUUGCCGAACAAUAAGUGCUUCUGCAUUACUGAUAUAAAUAAAGAUGGUGAAGUAGAGUUAGUUAUUGGCUAUAGCGAUAGGAAAGUACGAGCUUUUAAAUGGUCUGAAAAUGAAUUUAAAUUGGUCGAGGAGUGGACACUAGCCGGUUUAUUAGGAUCAGUGUCAUGGUGUAAUAAUCCCGAUUUGCAAUCGGUUGAUUUAAUCGUCUCACAGCCGGGUGGGACUUAUUGUACCUUGAAAUUUCCCGACUCAGAUAAAGUUAACUCGGAAUUUCCAGGACCCUAUUUGUUCUACCAUCCUCUGGGGUCGAGACGAGCGAGAAAUCCCGAUAUAAGUACAGAGGUUAUUGGCAACAUAAAGAGGUGUAAAGAUGGAGAGACUGUUUACUAUUCGGCUAUUUGCACACUUGAUGGUACAAUAACAGUAGUUGAUUAUGAUAGGAUAAUUUGGUCUCUCAUAGUCGAUCGAAAAUUAUUUAGUUUACAUAAAAUUGAUAUAAUGGGGGACGGCUCCGAGGAAAUAGUAGCAUGCUCUUGGGACGGGCAUACUUAUAUAAUAAGUCUAGACCAGGAUGUAGUUCGAUUCGAUUUUCCACAGCACGUUGCUUCCUUUUCAACCGGUAGUUAUUGUUCGACAGAGAAAGAUUAUAAUAAGCCAUGUUUGGCAUAUGCUUCGUUCGAUGGAUGUAUUAGAGUUUACAAUAAUUUACCUUUGUCAUCAAUUUCCAUAAAAUCACUGGAAUCUGAUUUAAAGCAAAAUGCAGCCGUCAAAUCUAUUAUAGAUCAGUACUUUGCAAGUUCACCUGAUCCUACGAAAGCAACGGCGAGUGCAGAAUCUAUCCUUUGUCAACUAUCCAAUUAUGCUUUAUAUGGCCUUAGUCUAAAUUUGCAAAGACGCUUAUCCAAUCCGAUACACCUCGUUCAAAAGAAGAGAAAAGCCAGAUCAAGGUCACCAAAAACUACGAAACCACAAAGUUAA